UGAAUUUUUCCAUGGGAUUUAUUUUGUGAGGUUGUGUUCAUCGUCGAUUGUAUAUUUUUGGAGGGAAUUAUCUUAUUUUUAAUGACGUUUUAUUGGCGCCCUUGUAAACUGUCUGCGCCAAAUGUCUCAAGUCAGCUGUCUAUUGUGAGGAACUACUAGCAGGUUAAUUACUAUAACGUAAAUACUAAAUUUCUCUGAUCACCAAACAUGAAUUAAUGAUUCACUAGACCAUAAAAUUUUUAAUAACAUUUAAAAAGUAAUUACUCAUUAUUUAAAUCUAUUUAAGCAAAUGUUAUUACAUUUAAUUCCUAGACAAAUCAAAAACUAUGAGUGUAAGAUUAUCCAACUGUAUCAACGGUGUAAAAGACUCAAAUAAUAGAACAGUACUUAAAAGAGAUUAUGAAGAGCUUGGUGUCAGCCCACUUCAAGAUACUAGAGUUGCCAAAAAAUGUCGGUUUUCAGAUUCAAACAACACAAUAUGGCCAUUAGGUUAUGGAUUAGCAAAUUUUUUGUAUAAGUACAGACAACAGAAAAAAUCUAUCCACCAUAAUUGUAAUAAUUUUGAUAAAUUGCCUGAAGAGGUAAUAUUGUACUUAUUUAAAAUAUUAGAUAAACUUACACUCACCAAGUGUGCCUAUGUUUGUCAAAAAUGGAGGCGUAUUGCAUAUGAUGAAUCAUUAUGGCAAUGUUUGAAUAUUCCUCACCGUCGUAUGAGCAUUAUGGCUUUAGACAACAUUCUAAAAAGAAAUGUUAAAUAUUUAUCAAUAUCUCAUUCAAAUUUAUAUGUUAAUAUAAGAAAUGUUUUUGAAGAACCAUUACCCAAGUUGCAGUAUUUAGAUUUAAGUGCUGUAUUUAUACCUGUUGAUAUUUUGAACUCCCUCCUUAGUCAAUGUCAUAAUUUAAUAAAGCUAAGUUUAGAAAACUGUCGUGUCGAUGUAUUGUGUUGUGAAAAAAUUGGAAGAAAUAGCAAUUUAAAAGUGUUAAAUUUAGCUUCUUCUAGUGGACUUGAUGGUGAUGGAAUAAAGCAUUUAUUAAAAUUAAAAAAUCUUGAGGAACUAAAUGUUUCAUGGGCUCAUAUAAAAGUGAACAACUUGCGUUUCUUGCUGACAAAUAUGAUACAGGGUAUAACACAUCUUAAUAUAAGUGGAUUUUUGAAACAAUUAGCUGAUAAUGAUUUGAUAACUUUAGUUAACCGUUGUUCUAGACUAGUUGAAUUAGACAUAAGUGAUAGUCUAGCAAUAACUCCAGAUAGCGUUGAUUUCAUUUUAAACAAUUUGCCAAAUUUAAAAAUUUUGUCCAUGAGUCGUUGUUUCAAUGUGGGUACUUCAUUUUUACAACCUAAAAUGCAAAGGCUAAAAACUGGUAAUCGUGCUCAUCAGCUUAAAGAAUUAAACAUGUUUGGAAUGACUAAUCAAUAUAAUUCUUUGUGGCCUGAUGUAGUUGAUCUCAAGAUAAAUAAAAAUAUUUUUUCUCAUAUUUCUCGUCCAAAACUGGCUAAUAAUGAAUACACUAUUUGGGAAAUUCCUGCUUUUAUAGACUGUUAACAAAACUUGUAAUUCAUUUUUAACACUAUGUGAUAAAUUUUAGGUAUUAAAUUAAAAUAUG